GCUUGCCAACAUGGCGGCGCCUGAGCCUUAGGAGGAGCCGUCGGCUGCUGCUAUCUCCGCGAUUUCACUGCCGCCAACAGCUGAAAAAUCAUGCACGAGGGUAGCAAAACGAAGAACAUGUUUUUGACUCGAGCGCUUGAGAAGAUCCUCGCUGAUAAAGACGUGAGGAAAACUCACCAUUCCCAGCUCCGCAAAGCCUGUGAGGUGGCUCUGGAAGAAAUAAAAGCUGAAAUAGAAAAACAAAGGGCUGGAGAUAAAAAUGUCUCAUCAAUACCAAAGGCAAACUUCAUUGAAGCUGAUAAAUACUUUCUUCCAUUUGAGUUGGCCUGUCAAUCAAAGUCCCCUCGAAUCAUCAGUACAUCUUUAGACUGCUUGCAGAAACUGAUAGCAUAUGGGCAUAUCACAGGUAAUGCCCCAGAAAGUUCAACAGGAAAGAGACUGAUCGAUAGAAUUAUUGAAACCAUUUGUGGAUGUUUUCAAGGAACUCAGACAGAUGAAGGUGUUCAGCUUCAGAUAAUUAAGGCACUACUUACUGCUGUGACUUCAACUCAUAUUGAAAUCCAUGAAGGAACAAUCUUACAGACCGUCCGGACCUGCUAUAAUAUCUACCUAGCUAGUAAAAACCUAAUUAAUCAGACUACAGCAAAAGCUACUCUGACACAGAUGCUUAAUGUUAUAUUUACCAAGAUGGAAAACCAAGUGGUACAUGAAGCUAAAGAUCAAGAGAAAGGCAGGCAACAGCAGCUUCAACAUCUCCAGCAGUCUCCUGAACUACACAGUUUAGUUGGGUCGCCACAACUUGAUAGAAUUGCAGAACAUUCUAGCAGACUGGUUACAGCAGAGAUGGAAGAAGAUCAGAUAAAUACCGUGCAGCAAAAAUCUCAAGUUGGAAUUGCAGAAAUGGAAAAUGGGACAAUAUCAGACCAGAUGGAAGAAGACCAUGGGGAAUGUGAUCAGUCUUCACAUAUUGCAGGGAAUGUGGAUGCAAAUUCAGAGGAAGAAGUGAAAGCAGAAGAUAUUGUGGGACAAAUAUUGGAGGAAAUGGUGGCCAUUGUGACUGGAGAGGCAGAAGCAAAAGACAGUGAAAAUAGAGCUGUGGAAGCAGCUUUAGAAAGUCAAGCGGCUACUCAAUGCACUGAAAACCUUCAAACCAAUGGUAUCCCUGAAGGAUCACUAUCACUGCCCGAUGGUACCACACUAAUUGAUCGGCAAUCUACACCCUAUAAUGAUCAGGGGUCUGAAGCUGCGGUACCACUUCCAGUCAGUACUAAAUUCUCGCAUAUAUUACAGAAAGAUGCAUUUUUGGUAUUCAGGUCUCUCUGCAAGCUUUCCAUGAAGCCUUUAAGUGAUGGACCUCCAGAUCCAAAGUCCCAUGAGCUGAGGUCGAAGAUAAUUUCACUGCAAUUACUGUUGUCAGUUCUUCAAAAUGCUGGUCCAGUCUUCAAAACAAAUGAAAUGUUCAUCAAUGCAAUUAAACAGUAUCUAUGUGUGGCAUUAUCCAAAAAUGGCGUCUCCUGUGUGCCAGAUGUGUUUGAACUUUCACUGGCUAUUUUUCUUACACUUCUCUCACACUUCAAGAUUCAUUUAAAAAUGCAAAUUGAGGUUUUCUUCAAAGAGAUCUUUCUGAAUAUUUUGGAAACAUCCUCCAGCACAUUUGAGCAUAAAUGGAUGGUCAUUCAAACUCUGACCAGGAUUUGUGCAGAUGCUCAGUGUGUCGUGGAUAUUUAUGUGAACUAUGACUGUGAUUUAAAUGCAGCAAAUAUAUUUGAACGUCUUGUGAAUGAUUUAUCAAAAAUUGCUCAGGGACGAAGUGGUCAGGAAUUGGGGAUGACGCUUCUGCAGGAACUGAGUCUGAGGAAAAAAGGACUGGAAUGUUUAGUUUCUAUACUAAAAUGCAUGGUUGAGUGGAGUAAAGAUUUAUAUAUCAAUCCAAACCUUCAGACGAACCUUGGUCAAGAGAAGUCAUCUGAGCAAGAGAAUUGUGAAGGUAAACAUUUGGAAGCUACCCGCCGACGAGGGAGCACAAAUUCCUUUGACUCCACAAUAUCCUCAGGUGUUGGGAGUAUCAGUGCGCAGACGUGUGCCGCAGAUGAUCCUGAGCAAUUUGAAGUUUUGAAACAACAGAAGGAUAUUAUAGAACAAGGGAUCGAUCUGUUCAACAGAAAACCAAAGAAAGGUGUGCAGUACUUGCAAGACCAAGGAAUGUUGGGCACAGCAGCUGAAGACAUUGCACAGUUUCUUCAACAGGAAGAAAGAUUAGAUUCUAGUCAAGUGGGUGAGUUCCUUGGAGAUAACAGCAAGUUCAGCAAAGAAGUGAUGUAUGCUUAUGUUGAUCAACUGGACUUCUGUGACAAGGAUUUUGUUUCAGCACUUCGUAUAUUUCUCGAAGGCUUUCGUCUGCCUGGGGAAGCGCAGAAAAUUGACCGACUCGUGGAAAAGUUUGCAGCUAGAUAUUUGGAGUGUAAUCAAGGACAGAUACUGUUUGCAAGUGCUGAUUCGGCAUAUGUCCUGGCCUACUCUAUUAUAAUGCUGACAACAGAUCUGCACAGUCCUCAGGUAAAGAACAAAAUGACAAAAGAACAGUACAUAAAAAUGAAUCGUGGGAUCCAUGACAACAAAGAUCUGCCAGAAGAAUACCUGUCUUCCAUUUAUGAUGAGAUUGCAGGGAAAAAAAUUGCCAUGAAAGAGACCAAAGAAUUUUCAAUCACACCAAAGUCUACCAAACCAAGUGUAGCCACUGAAAAACAACGAAGGCUACUAUAUAAUCUUGAGAUGGAGCAAAUGGCAAAAACUGCGAAGGUCCUGAUGGAGGCUGUUAGUCAUGCACAAGCACCAUUUACUAGUGCUACACACCUUGAACACGUCAGACCAAUGUUUAAAUUGGCAUGGACACCACUUUUAGCAGCAUUCAGUGUUGGCUUGCAAGACUGUGAUGAUCCUGAUGUUGCCUUUCUUUGCCUGGAAGGUAUCCGAUGUGCAAUUAGAAUAGCCUGCAUUUUUAGCAUGCAGAUUGAACGAGAUGCCUAUGUGCAAGCUCUGGCCCGUUUUACGCUAUUGACAGCAAGUUCUGGCAUCACAGAAAUGAAACAGAAGAAUAUAGAUACGAUUAAGACACUUAUUACUGUGGCCCACACUGACGGUAACUACCUUGGAAAUUCUUGGCAUGAGAUACUGAAGUGCAUUAGCCAGCUGGAGCUGGCACAGUUGAUAGGUACAGGGGUCAAGACUAAAUAUGUUUCUGGUUCCCUGCGAGCUAAGGAUGGAUUCACUGCAAGUUCUGGAACUGGAGGAGAAGAAUUCUUAGGACUAGGUACCUUUGGCACUGUGGAUAAAAAACAAAUAGCCAGUAUUCAGGAAUCUGUGGGUGAGACCAGCUCUCAGAGUGUGGUUGUUGCAGUAGAUAGGAUAUUCACUGGAUCAACGAGACUUGAUGGAAAUGCUAUUGUUGAUUUUGUACAUUGGCUGUGUGCUGUCUCUAUGGAUGAAUUGGGUUCACCUCAUCAUCCACGUAUGUUCAGUCUUCAGAAGAUUGUGGAAAUUUCAUACUAUAACAUGGGUCGAAUCAGGCUUCAGUGGUCAAGAAUAUGGGAAGUGAUUGGAAACCACUUUAAUAAGGUUGGAUGCAAUCCAAAUGAGGAUGUUGCCAUUUUUGCUGUUGACUCUUUAAGACAACUGUCAAUGAAAUUUUUGGAAAAGGGAGAGUUGGCAAACUUUCGGUUCCAAAAGGACUUCUUGAGACCUUUUGAGCACAUAAUGAAGAGGAACAGGUCACCAACAAUAAAGGACAUGGUCAUUCGGUGCAUUGCGCAGAUGGUAAAUUCACAGGCUUCAAAUAUUCGUUCAGGAUGGAAAAACAUUUUCUCUGUAUUCCACCAAGCUGCUUCAGACCACGAUGAACCAAUUGUGGAGUUGGCCUUCCAGACUACUGGGCACAUUAUCUUGGAUGUUUUUAAGAAGCAUUUUCCGGCAGCCAUUGAUUCAUUCCAGGAUGCUGUGAAAUGUUUAGCUGAGUUUGCAUGUAAUGCUGCCUUUCCUGACACCAGCAUGGAGGCUAUCCGACUUAUUCGACACUGUGCAACAUAUGUAUCUGAGCGACCACAAACACUGAAGGAAUACACCAGCGAUGACAUGAAUGUAGCUCCUCGAGAUAGAGUAUGGGUUCGAGGAUGGUUUCCAAUUUUGUUUGAGCUUUCCUGCGUUAUUAAUCGUUGCAAAUUAGAUGUCCGUACAAGAGGACUUACUGUGAUGUUUGAAAUCAUUAAAAGCUACGGCCAAACAUUUGAGGAACACUGGUGGCAAGAUCUGUUUAGGAUUAUCUUUCGAAUAUUUGAUAACAUGAAACUUCCGGAACAGCAGACUGAAAAGUCCGAAUGGAUGACCACUACAUGUAAUCACGCACUUUAUGCUAUUUGCGAUGUUUUCACACAGUUUUAUGAAGUUUUAAAUCAUGUCCUAUUGGAUGACAUAUUUGCUCAGCUGCAUUGGUGUGUACAGCAAGAUAAUGAACAACUGGCCCGAUCAGGAACAAAUUGUUUAGAAAACGUGGUCAUACUAACUGGACACAAAUUCAGUCCUUUAGUCUGGGAUAAAACCUGUGCUUGCAUGCUGGGCAUUUUCAAGACCACUAUUCCCAAUGCCCUUCUAGCAUGGCGACCCACAGGCAUGGAAGAAGAACCUUCAGAGAAGAAUUCAGAUUUGGAAGUUGAUCGUCAAUCAGUCUGCAGUACAGAUCGAAACCUUUCUGAAAAAGGUCAAAGCCAGAUAUCUAACACCAGUGAUGAAACUUGGAAGAAUAGACCACAUGCAAAAAUAUCCGAUCAGAAACUCUUUGCUGCCCUCCUCAUCAAAUGUGUUGUGCAGCUGGAAUUAAUCCAAACAAUAGACAACAUUGUGUUCUUUCCAGCAACGAGCAAAAAGGAAGAUGCUGAAACAAUGGCAGCUGUACAGAGGGAUUCAAUUGAUGCUGACAUUCAUAUAGAUACUCAAGACCAAGGAAUGUAUCGAUAUAUGACUUCACAGCAGCUUUUUAAACUCCUAGAUUGUCUUUUGGAAUCACACUCAUUUGCAAAAGCUUUCAACUCAAAUAAUGAACAGAGGACAACAUUAUGGAGAGCAGGAUUUAAGGGCAAAUCUAAGCCUAAUCUCCUGAAGCAGGAAACCAGCAGUCUUGCAUGUUGUCUUCGUAUACUGUUCCGUAUGUACACAGAUGAAAAUCGGCAGGAUUCUUGGGACCAUAUUCAGAAACGACUGUUGAAUGUUUGCAGUGAGGCCCUUGCCUACUUCAUAACACUGACCUCUGAAAGUCACCGUGAAGCUUGGACAAACCUGUUACUGCUUUUCCUCACAAAGACACUCAAAACUAGUGAUGAAAAGUUUAAGAUCCAUGCAUCAGCAUACUAUCCAUACUUGUGUGAAAUUGUACAGUUUGACCUCAUCCCUGAACUGAGAGCAGUUUUACGCAAGUUCUUUCUACGCAUUGGCUUUGUAUUUCAAAUAUGUCAUUCAGAGGAGCAGCCACAAGAAGAUGCUACAUAACAAAAAGUCAGCAUGCAUUUCUACUCCAAGCCUGUAAAUUGAAUCUCUGUAAAUGUAUUACCUGUUGUAGUCAAAGAAACAUGAAGUUUGGAGCUAUUUUUAAACAUUGUUGGGUAAGCCCAACAUAAAUGACGUGUAGCUUGUAUAAUUUCCUGAAUCCCUGUGCAUUUCUAUAAGUUGCUUUUUUUAACUUCUAUUUGUCUUAUUAGAAAUAAUGCAGAUAUUCCAUUAUGUCUUUAAAAUACCUACUUAAAAUCAUUUCAAGGACUUCAAUUAGUUAUGUAUGCCAACAUUAUGGGACAUUACUGUCUUAAACAGGAAAUAUUCAAGGUAAAUAUAUGGUUUGGACACAAUACAGUGUAAAAUGAAGUUGUUAAUAUCAUGAAAACAUUAUGGUUUCAGUGCUUUUAAAUUAGUAACUGUUAAACCAAGAAAUGUAUAAUUUUGAAUUAUAGUUGCGAUGUGCCAGAAGCACAAUAACAUUAAUUGCUUAUUGUGAGAAUGUUGGUAAUUGACAGAUACUGAGAAUUUGAAACAAAAGUAGCAAUUUUCAGUUCAAUAUUUCCUCAUUGCACAAUUCCAUUUUGUUUUGAGUGAAAGUGAUGAAUCUCAGGUGUUUCUGAUUUCUGCUUGCAGAAAUGCUUUGGAGUUUGCAUAUUCCAUUUCCCUCCUGUAAAUUAUGACAAUAGAUCUUAGAAAAGCACAAUUAUAAAUUUGCAAUAAGGGAACAACAUUUGUACCCUUUGAGAAUGAAGCUUGAUUUCAACUUGGCUGUUUUAGGACAGAGAAAAGAACAUUGCAAUGUACAGAUUAUACACCAACUGUCCCACGUGGCAAAAUUUCUUAACUUUGUGUUGCUAUGAAUACCCAGGGAAAUACAAUCCUCUUUUUAUCUCUUAACUAAUGCGCCAUGAAUCCUGUAGCACCUCACGGCCAAAUCCUGCAGCAUGAGAAUGUUCAUUGUGUCUCAAACCUACAGGAUUUGCCAACACCUCAAUGUAAUUAUUUUUAUAAAACUACAUAAAAGCUAUGCUUUAUACUGUAGGGAAACUAAAUGUUUAACAAAUGAAAAACAGUUAGUUGUGCUUAGCCUCUACUCCCUCACAAUAACUGUUCUUUAAGACAUAGCCUGACUUUGCACAAUAUAUUAACUUGCAGCUAGAUAUUAAUCGCGUGUAACAUAACUGGCAGACCAAUAUCUAAUGUUCUGAAUUGUAUUUUUGCUCACUAACAUUAAUCUUCGUGCCUACGUGCUGAUGGGUAGCUUGUUGAUCAUCUUGGAUUUCAUCCCCCAAGUUUACUUUUUCAAGUCUUGCGAAUUUCGUGGAAACAACACGUUUCGAACAGAUCUUGAUAGGUCCUUUGUAUAUUACUGCAACUUAAUCAUAAAGUGCAGGUGUCAGGCAGCCAGUUAGAAAAACAGUCUAAGUCUACAACAUUUAACAAAUCUAAGACCUAUGUUUUUGCAACUGACAAUGCAGAAAGUUCACUGAUGCUACACUAUGUACAAUAGAAUUAUGUAUUUCCCAGAUAUUUGAUACUUAUUAUAAUUUAACUAUGUAAAUGGGUAAAAAAAACAACUAUUAAACACUUGAUUAGAAGAUAAAAGUCAUCUUAACUUUUAAAUUAAAAUUUGUGCAUUAGGAACAGUUGAUCAGAUAUCGGUUUCAGUAUAUUUACAUUAGAACUCAAAAGAUAAGGAAGAAAAUCCAUAGUGAUUGCUGUGUUUCACACUGACUUCCACUAAAGUGUAAAUUCCCACAAGCCUUUCUCUCGGCUCUGUUAAAGCCAGCAUCGGUAACAUACCAUUCUCUUCAAUAUCAAAUGGUAAAAAGAGUUUGAGACAGAGCCCUUUUUUUGUAAAAUGGGGUAAAUUAAUGAUGGAAGAUGCUUACCUGAAAGGAUUGUAAAUUUUCCCCGUUUGUUUAAUUUAUAUUUUAAGUGCAAGCAAGUACUCUAGCAUUUAUAUGUAGAAUGCUGUGACUUUACAGAAAUUUUGAAAAUGAUGGUUUGCUUGAAGAUUUGUAUUAGCGCCAAUGAUCUCAGUCCACAAGUGUGAAGUCAUACUGAUGUACAGUUGCAUAAGCAGUGUUUGCACUUUUGACCAAAGAGCCAUUACAAAUUUGUGAAACUAUUCAGUGAGGAGACUGAUCAGAUUAUUGAACCAUGCAAAGAAUUAUAGUCAAGUUAAAUACAAUGUUACCACUGCCCUGUCUGAGAACACACUUCCUAUGGAAUGAAGAUUCAAUCUGGGAUUUCCUGAUCUUCAUUCAUCUCUGAUCUUUGAAACAGCUGUAGCGUAAACGUAUAUAAAUUGAUACUGUUGCUUCAGUAAUUCAUCACGUAUAACUUGGAUGAACCACGAAGCUGAAAUCUUAUUGCAAUGAAUGUCUAUAAUAAAUCAGAUGUUGUUUACCAUACAUUUGAGCAAUUCUUAGGUGGCUGUAACACCUCAGUAAAAGCUUAUAAUCUUAACCACACCAUGUUGUCUAGAUUUACACUUAACACAUUGAGAUUGUUAGAGAGGAUAGUUUUAACUCGUGAAUAUGUAUUUGCUGAUUGAAUGUGCUCUGUGUUGAUGAAUGAGGACAUCAACACAAAAAUAAAGAUUGCAAUAGAGGAGUUUAAGUCAGUAGGUCUAAGAGAUUAUGAUAAAAUAUCUCAAAUUAUAUGGGAAUUAAAUAUUUAAAAUCACACAACACCAGGUUAUAGUCCAUAAUGUUUUAUUUGGAAGCACUAACUGUUGGAGCGCUGCUUCUCCUGAUGAAGGAGCAGCUCUCCGAAAGCUAGUGCUUCCAAAUAAAUCUAUUGGACAAUAACCUGGUGUUGUAUGAUUUUUAACUUUGUCCACCCCAGUCCAACAUCCACACUUCCACAUCAGGGAAUUGUGUAUUUUAAAUUGCUUCACUUGUCAUAUUAUAUGUGCUAUGGGCUUGACCAUCAAUGCAAAUUCUUCUAAGCAGCUCCUUUCUAAAACACCAUGUCAAAAAGUAUACUUCCAAAUCAUCUAAAAGUAAAAAUGAAAGAUUGUAAUUUAGUACUAAAUUUGGCAUUAAAUGAGCAUAAAAUUUAAUUUCCACAGAUAUGCAUCAAAUGCAACCAAUAUUAGUGUUAGGUAUAGAUUUUUUUGUUUAGCUAGAAUCCUACUUUUUUUUCUGAUUCUGGCUUUGUUUGAUUUAUUUCAUUGGUGUGGGUAGUGGUCAUAUAUUUAAUGUGUUUUUCUUUUAAUAAUCAGGUAAUUUAGUUAUGUAAUUGACAGAAAAUCACUGUAGUACAAUCAACAAUUCUGUUCAAAUUUAUACUUGCAUGUUAUGUCCACCAAUACCAUUUAUAACUAGUGGAAAAGCUUUUACCAUGCAGAUGUGUAAACUUAUUUGCCUAUAGUUCUAGAGAAUUAGUUUGUUAUCUAGCUCCAUGAGCCUUGUUCAAUAUCUAUUCCUGCAAUUGAUUCACUUAGAACAUUUAUAAACUUUCAAAGAGCCAAAAUUCCUUGCUGAUUUGUGACAUUUUGCUCGUCUCUCUUGUGUGAUCACCAUAGGCUUGCAAUGCUCACCACCUAGAGCAUAACCACUGAAUAUAAGCCCCAAUUUUCGUGAAGAAUAAUUAACACUAAUGUAGCCAGAUGCGCUCAAAUUCUGUGUCAAUUUGUGUCACUGGUUUUUCCUACUCAGUAAAAUUGCUCGCAGAAUUUGCCAUGUAUUAUUGAACAUUCAGAGGUGUUACUGCUGCUUCAGCAGUGCUGAUGAAUGGUGAAGCCAUUGUUCCUCAUUUGCUUUGCUGCUCUGAGGCUAUUGAUGAUGCAAUUGGAGAUGCAAUGUAACAUCAGCAAGGCACCAAGUACUUUGACUAUUAGAUAACACUUUUAUGAUUUGAUCUUGUCUAGUGGUGCUUAUGCUAUCAAAGUAUCACACUGAAUGAACACUGACUCUCUUUUAUUAUACUUAGUUUUGAAUGUGAGUUCAAGUAUUCUGUGCAACCAAGGUAGGAUAAAAUGAUGAACAUGUGACAGUAGCGUUUCAGAUGAAUGUACUCUUGUACCAUGAGUUGUUACUGUGCUCACCUGAAGUAUUCUUGCCAGCAAAUUACAUUUUGUAUAUCGAUAAAAUAUCAUUGCAUUAAUCAGUGUUGCAUUUUUUUUGCUCAUUGCUGUUCCUAAAGACAUUAGUGCUUGCUUCUAGUAGCUCAUCAAAGUGGGUGAUGUUAAAUCAUGUGUCAUUCCAGUCCUCACCAAUGUGUAUAUCUGUGGAUUUUCAAAGAGGGAUCACUGGUUCGUGAUCCUGGCCAGGGUCUCUUCCUUUCCCUCUAACAACUACAAUAAACUCUUGCCUAUCUCCAGCUGUGAUCACCUAAAAAUAGAACCUUGCUAUUUUCUAUGACUUUGUACCAGACCAGGUAAUGUAUUUUCAAUGAGUCCUCAAGCAAGACUAUUCUCAGGUUAUUUCAUUGAGAAUUCCCAUUUUAAAAAACAGCAGAUCCCAGGCUGUAAUGUCAAAAGAAAUCUUUGCACCCUAAUUUAAAUAAGCUUGAUUGCUAAGAUUAAAUUUCUAAUUUGGUAGUGUUGUCAUGUUGUAUGAAUGUAUAUGCUAGAGCAAUCUGUUAAUUUUUGGCACCACUGAAAAUAUAGUGUGCUUUGGUUAUUAUCCCAGAAAUUCAGUUAAUGGAAAUGAUAUGCACAUGGUGCAAACUAAAAAGAAUAACUGAAUCCUGAAAAUUUGAACUGAUUACUGUAUCCAAUCAUAACUCCAUUUUGAUGUACUAUUUGGACUGCUUGUAUGCAGAAUGUUACGUUUACAUAUUUAAGUUCUAAUACAUUAUGGAGACAAUGUAAAAGUAAUUAUUCAUAGGUUUUAUGAAUGAUAUAUAUAUUACUGUGAAGUGCAUUUAAGAAUAUAUAUAAUUUAAAAGCAUUCCUUGCCA